UAGCAGCAGAGGCGAGCGCGGCACACACACCGGGAGAGAGGCGACGCGAGUUUGCUUUUAGCAGUUGUCAGAUUUGCAAUUUGGAUUUGUUUGAAUAUAGUUGCUGCUUCGGAGCAAAUGAGAGCGAGAAAGAGAGGAUAUUAACAGCGAGGAGAGCUCAGCCGAUCAGUCCGAGCGUCUGAUCCGCCCGUGUGUGCACAGUUACAGAUAGGCGACACCAGAUUUAUAUCGCUUUUCAUUGUUUUGCCUUUUUAUUCGCAUGGAAUUGAUCCAAAGCAACCGACGCUGUUUGACGCUAUUUAUUUGCAUUACAGUUCAGUCCGGCUACGGGGGGGGUCUCGCCGCGUAUAUCACCGUAUUCCGUGUAUGAAUUAUUAUUGAUAGGAGGGGGGGAAAGAAAAAGAAAAAAAAAACGUGCAGACGGCAAUUCAUCUUUCCAGGGUUUUGGUUUAUCGAGGCUUAGUCUAGUCAGCCGCGCGUUUCCGAGCCAUUUCCAGGAGAAGCUGAGAGCAGACCGAGCGGCGAAGCCCUGCUGGAGCCGAGGACGGAUCGCCCGGGGAAGGACUCCUCGUUCCUCAGGACGAUGGUGUUGGACAAGGAAGAGGGUGUGCCGAUGCUCUCCGUUCAGCCCAAAGGGAAACAGAAGGGGUGUGCUGGCUGCAAUCGCAAGAUUAAAGACCGCUACCUGCUCAAGGCCCUGGACAAAUACUGGCAUGAGGACUGUCUCAAAUGUGCCUGCUGUGACUGCCGCCUGGGUGAGGUGGGCUCCACCCUCUAUACGAAAGCCAACCUCAUCCUCUGUCGCAGGGACUACCUGAGGCUCUUUGGUACAACGGGGAACUGUGCAGCCUGCAGUAAACUGAUCCCAGCCUUUGAAAUGGUGAUGAGAGCCAGAGAUAAUGUUUACCAUUUGGACUGUUUUGCCUGUCAGCUUUGUAACCAGAGGUUUUGUGUGGGGGACAAGUUUUUCCUAAAAAACAACAUGAUUUUGUGUCAAAUGGACUAUGAGGAGGGCCAGCUGAACGGGAGCUUUGAGACACAGGUUCAAUAGUUGGAACCUCGUGGCAGCAACAAUCGGCUCCACACUUUACACACAAGAUGGAUGUUCUGCUGCACUUGGAAAAAGACAAGCGUCUGUCUGCUUGCCUGCAAUACUUUUUAAGACCCCUUUAUCAGUCCCUAAGGACUCUUGUAAAUGUUCAACUUUUUGCCCCUCCCACACCCCAACACUGAGCAGUUACAAAUUUUGAUGUACAGUUGUGCCUGCUUAGCUGAGCACUGUAUUGCUUGUAUGUUUUGUGAAAUUUAUUUCAGGUUUGUUUUCUUUUCCUUUUAGAAAUGGUUCAUUGGAGGGUAUGUACAGUCUGUUUUCUCUGUAUAUAUAAACUGGAACAUUUAUUUUAUGAAA